GGCUCAGGUGAUUAUGGGAUGUUACACCCUCCUGUGCAGCAGGUGGCGGUAUGCACCGUCAAGAUGUUGGCGACACCACAGUUAAACCAAGAGAAGAAGAACACGUUUCCGUUUCUACAUCCAUGUUCCUCACACUAGCGCGAAACUUCGAAAUGUUGUGAAAAGUAACUUAAUGAAAUGGCUGAAACACAUUCCAAGUCUAAACUUAAACGAAAUAAAUCGUCUGUGAAAGAUCUCGAGCCGGAAAUAACUUCCAGUGGAGCAGUGAGGAGGACAUUUCCCAGAGGGAGCGCAGCACAGCCUGGACGGUCAGUGGCUCCUGCGGCAGUGUGGUGGAGCCACCAGCAGCUGCCUGCUGUGGAGAGUCUGUGGGCGUCGAUACUGAAGUGUGCUCUGCUGGAGGAUCAGCACUGGGACCUUCCUCAUCUUACACAUUCAUCUGCAGCGAGACCCGCAGCAUUAAAGUUAGACGAGCAGCGGUGGUGUGACCUCAGUGGAGAGGUCGCUCCCCUGCCUCAGUCAAGUCAAGCCCCCACCCAAAGACCACGGCCAUCCCUCCACCGCUGGGAGGAGCCGGCAUCAAGUGAUGAGAAGAGUGAAGAAGAAGAGUCUGGAGCGGUCAACAGAGAACAGCUGCUCACAAACCAGGAGAAGUCUGACCGCCAAGUUUCUCUGCAGGGGGAGGCGGAACAUAAAGAGGAGGUGCAGAGGAGUGACGGAGGAGCAGCAGGAGGGGCGGGGCUGCAGAGCUGCCCCAUAUGCCUGCUGGUGUUCCAUGUUGGGUCCACCCAGAUGGACUGUGACGGCCACCUGGCCCAGUGUCUGUCGGAGGCGAAUAUGGACAUGACCUGUGGAGGAGAUCUGCGCAUGAUUGUGUAAAAACCUCCUGAAUGAUAAACACUGAAGGAAUCCUCACUGGGAGAAGCUGACUGCAAUGGUGGCGAAGACAACAACUCCCAUGAUCCCACGCUACUUCACGACACCAUCAAACUCAGUGUUUUUGUAUCGUUCACAUUGAGAGCCCCCUAGUGGCAGAAAAUGACAUAUUGUGCUUCUGAUCAGCUCUGGCUCAAUGCAAUACUAAAAUUAAUUUCUCACAAACAUUCCAAGUUUAUUCUCUCCAUAUCAAAUAAACACAGGAAAUGGUGUUGGUGAUAAAGAUUGGUUAAUUGCAUUGUUCUCAUCUCCCAGUAUAAACAGUAGGAGGUGAUCAGAGGAUGUGCUGGUGUGAGGUCAAUUCCCAAGCGACACACACACACACACACACAAAACUGUAGCAUCUGCACACAUUUUUUUGCCGUAGUCUGCAAAAAGGAAGGGCUCAGUUCACGGAAAACCAGUAUCAUUUUUAAUAAUUACACAUAUUUACAAAGAUGCGGUGAAGCAAAAUUAAGCAUAGCCAACCAGCAUUAUUUUCCAACUAAGAUCAUGGACCGGGUUCAUUCAUUUUGAGAUAAAGAGUCUCUCUCUCUUUAGUUAGUUUGUGGCCUUCACUGUUCUGUAAAAUGGUUUCAAGGACUCCCAGUUCAUCCAUUGGUCCCUCAAGAAAAACAAAACUAAUGCCACUAAUGUUUGUGCAAAUAGAUCAACAAAACAUGGCAUUAAUACAACGCAGCAAAUGAGAUGGAGAUUGGGGGGUUGGAGGAGGAAGCUUCCUCGAAUGUUUAAGUGAUUUCUAGCUCCUGUGUGUGUGUGUGUGUGUUCUCGUGUUCUCGUGUUCUCUAAUCAGUGACUGAAGCUGUUUCAUUAUCUCUCCUCUCUCUAUCAGUUCCUUCCCUGCCCGUAAAGGCCCUACAGCUAAUUGAGACCAUUUGACUCAGGAUCAGCUAAUUAAUCCUAUUAUGUGCUUAUCAAAUUAGCACGGGUCAGAUUUCAUCAACUUACUCCUCGGAAGCGCACAGACGUCGAGAUCAACACGACGCUCACUUCAGAGGCGACAAGUUCUUUCUGUCGGCGGCUUUAAUCCGUGCUUGUAGUCGAUAUUCAAAGAUUUGGAUUCUAGCUCAGGCUUUUAUCAGCACACGGCUGUGAAA